AAUUACAUCAUUGUCUGACUGAUGUCAAUCAGUUUCUGUGUAAGUGUCAAAACGCUUCUCUGCACGUUUGUUUGAGCCAAACAAUAAUUGGAUAUAAUCCUGACAGCUUUUAUUACUCAGCAUUUAACAUAUUUAACUUUGAGUUUGAUUCACCGCACGUUUUUAUGCUUUUAUUCCAUCCCUCUGUAGGCGGAAUAAGAGCAGCCAAAAGGUUAACCCUAUAUCUACCGAAAUGAUCCGGAUUAUUGAUCAAGAGCAGAACAAAGUUUACCAACAGUUGACUCUCACUUUCUAGCCAAUCUUAGCCUUAGAGGCGGGGGAUGGAAAUGUGCAAGAUGAUACAUAUGUGUUUCAGUUAGUCUGAGGAGAAGCCGAAGUCAGCAGCGCUAGUCCAGCAGUGAAGAACGGUUUCUGAAAGGAUGGUUUCUCUCAAAUCUCCGCCUCUGGUGCCGCUGUCCUGCGCGCAAGCUCUGCUCGCUGUGGGCUGCCUGGCUUUCGCCUUCCUCGCCCUCUUGCUGGUCCGCCAGCUCGUCAAGCAGAGGAGACCCCCGGGCUUUCCUCCUGGUCCAUCUCCCAUCCCUGUGAUAGGAAACAUUCUGUCUGUGGCUACCGAGCCGCACGUCUUCCUCAAGAAGCAGAGUGAAGUUCAUGGACAGAUUUUUAGCCUUGACCUGGGAGGUAUCUUGACUGUGGUGUUAAAUGGAUAUGACUGUGUGAGGGAAUGUCUUUAUCAUCAGAGUGAAGUGUUUGCUGAUCGCCCAUCGCUGCCUUUGUUCAAGAAAAUGACCAAAAUGGGCGGGCUUCUCAAUUGUAAAUAUGGCAAAGGCUGGAUCGAGCACCGUAAACUGGCUUGCAACUCUUUCCGGUACUUCGGCAGUGGCCAAAGACAGUUUGAGAGGAAGAUCUCAGAGGAGUGCAUGUUCUUUGUGGACGCCAUUGACGAGCACAAAGGAAAACCCUUCAACCCGAAACACCUGGUGACCAACGCCGUGUCCAACAUCACCAACCUGAUCAUUUUUGGACAGCGAUUCACGUACGACGACAGCAACUUCCAGCACAUGAUCGAGAUAUUCAGCGAGAAUGUGGAGCUAGCUGUCAGCGGCUGGGCACUCCUCUACAAUGCCUUCCCUUGGAUUGAGUACGUGCCCUUUGGGAAACACCAGAAGCUUUUCCGUAAUGCUUCUGAGGUGUAUGACUUCUUACUCGAGGUCAUAAAGGGGUUUUCUCAGGGCAGGGUGCCACAUGUGCCUCGCCACUAUGUUGAUGCCUAUUUGGAUGAGUUGGAACAGAAUGUAGGUGACCCCAGUUGCUCUUUCUCCUAUGAGAACCUCAUCUAUUCAGUGGGGGAGCUCAUUAUAGCUGGCACGGAGACAACAACCAACACGCUGCGCUGGGCCAUGCUCUAUAUGGCCCUUUACCCUAACAUACAAGAGAGGGUGCACAGAGAGAUCGACAGCGUGCUGACCAAUGGAAGGGCACCCACCUUAGAGGACAAACAGAAGAUGCCCUACGUGGAGGCAGUUCUGCACGAGGUCCUUCGCUUCUGCAACAUCGUCCCCCUUGGUAUUUUCCGUGCCACCUCCCAGGAAGCAAAAGUCAAUGGGUACACAAUUCCCAAAGGCACCAUGGUGAUCACGAACCUCUACUCAGUGCACUUUGAUGAGAAGUACUGGACCGAUCCAGGUGUCUUCUGUCCACAGAGGUUCCUGGACUCCAACGGCAACUUUGUGAGGCGUGAGGCUUUCCUGCCAUUCUCUACGGGGAGACGCCACUGCCUGGGCGAACAGCUAGCCAGGAUGGAGAUGUUCCUUUUUUUCACCACUUUGUUGCAGAGGUUUCAUCUCCAGUUCCCUCCAGGAAUCGUUCCCACCGUCACUCCCAAACUUGGCAUGACCCUGCAGCCCAAACCUUACUCCAUCUGUGCCAUCCGCAGGCAGCAGAAAAGUCCCUGCUCUGAGCACACUCCUUACCACAAGUAGCAAGCAGGACUCCAAGGGAGAAUUAAACCAUUUUGCACAGAAAUGCUACCACAUGUUACAGGUGCAUGAGAUUGUAUCACUCUGGAGUGCAGCGUCCAGUUCCGGUGCGCUAUAGUUUCCCCAAAGUGAAAAAAGUAGCUCUUUUUGCAUAUGAACAUGUGAUCCAUUUAUUCAAAUAGUUUCAAAUCCUUUUACUGAGAAAUAUGCAUAUUUGCACAAUACUUUUAAGCGUCAGGAGAUGUGACAAGACUUUGUGCUGCAAGGACAUGCUGGGAACACCCGUGUGCUAUUGAUUUAGCUCAGAGUUUCUCUGAGCCCAGAAAGUAAAAAGUCUAUGAACUUUGGUGCUGUAGCGAUGGCUUAGGGAUAUGUCAAUGAUUGAUACUAAGUACACCUAUGAUGGUUCAUAGCCCUGCCCUCUCAGGACAGCCUCAGGUCAGACAGAUGACACAAAAGAUUCGAACGUGUGGGGCGAAAUGGGACUAACAGACUUUCCAAGAAAGUGCUGAACACUGUGUAUCGGAGCUGGACACGGGCCAAGAUUUACGUCAUCUGGAGCGACUCUGACCUCUUCUCCAGGGAUAUCGUUUGAUGGAAAAUCUGUCUCUUGGAAGGCAAAUGCAGCCCCUCCUUGAUUUCUAGAAACUGACUGCAACACCGGUUUCUGCUAAAUGGUGCUUAUCAGUACUAACAAAGUACUACAUUUGUGUUUGAGGUUAACUUUUGUUUGUCCUUUUUUUUUAAAUACUGAUGGUGUAACUUUUUUGUGUAUUCAUAAAGUUUUUCUUACG